AUGCCGAAAAACGCGAAGCUAGCCUAUGAAGCGAAGGAGCCUGCCUUUCUUCAAAAGCUUCGUGGUCACUACGGCGACAACGCUGGUCGGCUUGAGCGGCCCGCCGCCCGGCCUCGCAGACUCAAAAAUCAAGACGAGGAAGACGACGACGCUCCGGUUUACGUUGAUGAAACGAACAAUGAGGUGAUCUCUAAAGCAGACUACGACGCUCUUGUGAAUGGAGGCCCGAACGGGAAGACCGACGAGACUAGUGCGACGAGCGAGACUGCAAAAAUCAGCGAGAUCGGCGCACAAUCCCCGGCUAAGAGUACAGUGUCGAGACAACAAAAUAAUCUGCUGGAGAUCGGAGGCUCCAAGAAGCGUAAACAGGCCAAGCUCGUGGGUGACCAUGAGCAAGAGCAGCCGGCUCUUGAGCAAGCGGAGCUUCCGGCCGUGAAGUCGAAGGAAGGAAAUCGAAAGCCCAAGAAAGCCAAGAAGAUCAAGCUAUCAUUUGAUCAAGAUGAAUGA